AGCUCAGAUUGAUGUGCAGGCGACAGCAGUUCACCCAACCCACAAACCGGCGAUGGGAACUUGGAAAUCAUCGCCAAAUCCCCACCAAACCAUGUUCCGUCAAAUGGUCGGUUGAAGCUGUCGCAUCUGCAUUUCAGCCUUGGGUCUACAACUGGAAUCCGUUUCCACCAACAAAGGUGUGCAAUACAUACCCAACGCUUUGAGACCGCAGACGCGGAAUUACAGGAAGCACCAUGGCGUCGGCCGGGCUGCUGCAGACCAGUCUGAUAUGGGUCGCAUACGGCGUCGCCGUCGCUCUUGUUUUUCUCGUCGCCAUCAUCACUACCGUCACAUGGCAGACACCCCAUGAGCGAUCCGUCGCCGUCAGCAUCGUUUCGAUUUUCAGUCUUAGCGCGCUCCUCGCUACUGUCUUCCUCCUCCCCGUCGAUAUCGCUCUCGUCUCCUCGACCACAUCCGCCCACCUCGGCGCAAAGAAGGACUGGGCGACGCCACCCCGGGUUGACAGCAUUCUGCAGACACUCAAGAUUGUCUACUACACGCUUUAUACCCUCGACGCGCUUCUGUGCUUGAUUGUCAUUCCCUUCACUUAUUUCUGGUACGAAGAGUACGAUGAAGUGGAAGAAGAGGAGGGCACCAGAAGCACCGGCGCUCGCAUAUGGCAGGCCUUGAAGUACACAUUCGGCUUUGUCUUUCUUGUCGUCGCCCUUUUCCUCAUUGGAUUCUUCGUGCCGGCUGCCGGGAGCUCUCACGGGAGACACAUGGACCUGGACUACUUCAAGCGCCUGCUUGCUGCGAACAACGGGGAGAAGGCCCUCACCUUUGGGGUCGGUCUUCUCGUGACCCUUGGGACCCUGCUCUAUGUUCUUUACACGGGCGCAGGUCUGGCUCUCCUGCCGGUAUCCUUUAUCAAGUCCGCCCCGUCCAUCUCGGCUCCACAGCUCUCCGCCACGACCGCCUCCGCCCUGGAGCGUAACCGUGAGCUUCAGAGGCAGCUGGAGAUGCGCAACGCCGGCCGUACGGAAGGCAUGUCUCAGAAGGACCGGAGAGAGCUGGAUGCGCUUCUGCGCGAGGAACGGACUCUUGUGCGCCGUGAGAGACUCGCUGCGGAAGCGCGCGGGGAUGGCCGCAGCAAGAUCUAUCGUGCAUGGACAAAGGUGCAAGCCGUCUUCCGGCCAUUCAAGCUCCUCGGCGGUAUCUUCCUGCUUCUGCUGGCGAUCCUGGUGUGGGUAUCAAUGCUCAUCACCAGCAUCGACAAGUCGGUCAAUUCCAUCUGCAAGCAACACUGCGGCUACAUCCUGGGUCACUUGAAUGUCUUCCAGCCCAUCAACUGGAUUUUCGUGCAAUCUGCCAAGGCGUUUCCAGUUGACUACAUCCUCAUGGCGCUGCUCGUCCUCUUCUUCUUCAGCAGUUCCAUCACAGGACUGGCCUCGAUCGGCAUCCGCUUCCUGUGGGUGCGCAUCUUCCAGAUCAAGAAGGGCCGCACGGCACCGCAGGCUCUUCUCAUCACGGCCGUGCUGUUGGCCCUCAUCAUCCUCGCCAUCAACUACGCCGUUGCCAUGGUCGUCGCUCCCCAGUAUGCGAUCUAUGGCACUCAGACCUUCUGCGUCAACACCCCGCGCCGUCCGGGCGGGCAGCCCGAUUGCCGCGAGCACCGCGACAUGGUCCGCCCCUGCUCCGAGGUGUUUAGCGAGCCGGCGGCAAAGGACGUGUGCACGCCGACGGUCAUGUCGACGUUCCUCAACCGCAUCACGCUCAACUGGCCCGUCUUUGGCGCCGUUGAUUUCUGGGCGCAAUUUGCCUUCUUGGCGGUGUUCUUGGUUGUCUUUCUCACCAGCCUGUUCCGAACCCCGCGGCUCAAUCUCAGCGAGCUGGAUGAGGAGGCUGAGGCUGACGAGGAGGAAGGGCUGUUGGCCAGCACAGGGAGACGGUUCGGUGCCACUUGGCAAGAUAUCACUGGCCGGGCGAAGAGGACUGCCGGCGCUGGUGCGCAGGAAGGUGAGGGUUAUGGGACGGCUGCUAGUGGAAACGGGGGCAGCUCCGGUUCAAGGGCUUGACGGGACACAGUAACGUGGCGGAAAAUGGGCGACGGGUUGGUAUGGCAGCGGCAGGUUACUCGGCAUUCGGUUCGGGUCUUACAUUACACAUAACCGAAACUGUACGGAGGUGUGAGUGGUAUGUGGCGGAGUUCAACGGAUGGGUUGGAUGGGCAAAAGGGAUGGAUGGCAUGAGAGAGGUUCUCGACUGACUGGUCAGGAUCAGCCUGGACUGAUAGGAAGGAUUUCGAGUAACGUCGGCGUGCCGCUUCCUUUUCCCCUGUAUCAAGCGUAUGUGAGCUUUCUUAACUCUGGAAUCACUGUUAAUACAAUCAAUUCAAGGAGUUGCGCCU